UGCCCGUGUGGCCGGUCUCCCUUUAUGGCGCGUUUCAGCCCAUUCCUCGACCCGCCUUAGGCGCCCGGACACACGUGCUCUACGUGAAGCGCCAUAAACGCGCAGCAGCGCGGGCCGAGGCUGGACCUCGUUAUGUUUAUGGCGCGGUGAGGGUGCCGGGCCCGGGAGGCUCCGCCCGCAGGAGGAGGCGGCCCGGCCGGCCGGGGGAGGAGGCGGCGGCGGCGGCGGCAGCGCGUGGAGCGGAGCGGACGGGAGCGGAGCGGAGGAUGCAGCCGGCCCCGCUGCUGCUGCCGCUGCUGGCGGCGGUGCUGGUGCUGGUGUUGGCGGCCGCGCCCGGGGCCCGGGGCAGCCGCGAGGAGCCCGCGCCGCCGCCGCCCGCCAACGCCAGCCGCCCCGCGACGCCCCCGGGCCCCGGCUCCGCCCGCAACCGCAGCGCCGCCGCCGCCGCCGCCGCGCCCGGGCCCGUGUCCGCGCUGCUCCGCGACCUCUCCGCGCUCAAGGCCGCCGUCAUCGCCGCCUGCGCCCUCAGCGCCACCCUCGUCGCCUGCCUGCUGCUGCGCCUCUGCAGGUCUGGCAAGAGGAUUAGGAAGACCCGGAAGUAUGACAUAAUCACGACUCCAGCUGAGCGGGUAGAAAUGGCUCCUCUGAAUGAAGACGAGGACGAUGACGAGGACUCCACGGUGUUUGAUGUGAAAUACAGGUAAAGCUGUUUUACGGCGUGACGGUGCCCUGGGAGAAGUCCGCUUGCUGUCAAGAGACCUGCCAAAGCCUUCACCAGGACGUGGGGAGGCAUUAAUCUCCGCAGCACCAAAACCAGCCUCGUCCCCUCCAUGCCAGCGAUUGUGCCACGUGUAGCAGCAGGCUGUUGAACUUCUGCCUAAAAAAUGGCCUUUCGGCUCCCAGCUUUCAGACUCCCAUGUAAGAACGACCCACGUUCAUCCUGCCAGGCUCUGCUCUCUCCCUUGAAGGUGUGGGGCUAAAGAAUGAAGGAUGGAUGCAGCGCUGCACAGCCAUAUCUCAGCUCAAAUGUAUUGCAUAAAAUGGGAAAAGGAAACCAAAAGUCAUCUCAGUGGGCCCUGGGGACUUAUUUCCCUUGAAGCAAAUCAGAGAAACACUUUGGUCUUUGUUCGAUAGAUCAGAUGUUUAAAAGACUUGGAGUUGGAUUGUUCUGAGCCACACAAAUUACUUGCCUAUCAGAAGAAGGCUAGUGACAACCCAAAGCCAUACCAAAAUGUGACUGUCCGUCUGUGGUGUUGGGUGUGUGUGUUUUGUGGGGUUUUUUCGACUGAUGUAGAAAAUUGUGAUGACUUGCUACUGAUUUUAUCAAUUGCACUAAGCCCUUUUCUAGUGAUGUAUUCCUCAUUGAGAGGAGACCAGGGCAGCAGAAAAAAAUAAGGCAAGCCCUGUCACUACAAGAAUCUUGGAUUAGAGAAAGUAUAUCUAUAUUUUUUUAUAUAAUUAUCUGCCCUUCCACAGAAAGGCAGUACAGUUUGUGCUGUCCUGUGUCCUCUGACCACUAACUCAUCUGCUUAUCCUAUAAUUUAAACUAACCUUUUUACAUAACAUCUGAUGAUGUGCAGCUGUUAAAUUGCAGGAAAAGAACACUACAGCUUUUAUUUUUCCCUUGCAAAGAAAUUUCUCUGUACCAAAAACUGGAAUUUUUCCCCUUACUACUUAGCAGACAGAUCCUGUUUGACCUGGACACAUUUCCCCUCUCCCCUUACCUCCACCAUGCUUCAGUUUGCAGAGGUCAGAGCUAUGGGACAGUGCUUUAGAAAUGUUAGAUUAUUGGUAAUCCAGGUGGAUUAAGCUCCCUAGCCCACACGUUUUAUGCACAGAUUCUGGGCCGUUCUCUGCAAGUGAGGAUUUCAGGGUUAUUAGCUUGGUUUCUCUGUUUCAUGGUCUUUCUGAAAAAUAGCCACGCAGUUCAGUUUUGAUUGAUGGACUCUUCUUGGUUACUCUGUCACACCUCUACUUGGUGAGGUUAAUCCAUCUAGAGCCCUGCCUGUCCUGAUGAUAUCAAAUUCACUUCUGAUUCUUGGGAAGGCACCAUCAUUUUGCUCAACACCAACUCUGCAGCUUGAGCUGGGAUUGAGAAAGUGAGGGGACUUUGCAAGAGACUGAGGUGAUGUUUUUCAGGUUUUUGAAGGUUUCUUGCAAUCCUGCAUUCAGGUACUGUUGAUACGAUUCAGCUGCUUUGUCACGACAUGUCCGUUCUUAACUGUCCCAGCCCUUGUGCUCUUACUCCACACCGCUUUGGUUCCUUGCAAAAAUGCCUGUGUCUUGCAAGACCUCCCUGCAUUGAUGCAAGCGAAGCUGUAGCUGGCAUUUAGCAAAUUUAAAUCGCAUUUUGGCAUCUCUUUUGCUCCUUGGUGUACCUGGCCUUGACAUUCUACAUUUCUUCCCACUUAUCACUAAUUUUUUCUGUAGACAGUUAGAACAGUGGCACCAUAAAACAUGUUGUGUUACAGAUAUGCUCCAUGCAUGUCCGACUUCAUGCUUGCCUUAUGGGCCUAUGCAUUUUAAUUCCUCUUGGCUGGCCAGAGCCUGCACACCUGCGGAAGAGCAAGCUGGGCCCCAGGGCGCCUGCUGCGUUCUCAGCUCAUGCUCCAGUUGUGUGCAGCCUCCACACAAGCUGUUUCCAGCUGGGUUUUCAGAUCCUGGAGGAAGCCUGACAGCAAAGGAAAACUUCUGUUUGGACUUGGCAAAAUAAAAAGCCACAAGGAACCUUCUGAAGCAGUUUUUGCUGUCACUUUUCAGACUGUUCCUGUGGUUUUAAAGUGAUCAUUUGCAAACAGGAGCAGAAUCCUAUUCUGUACAGAGCAGAGAAAGGAGUUGAAGGCCCAUGGAAGUAAGCAAAAGGUGACGAACGGAAGUUUGCAGCACUGUUGACUUCCAUCCGAUCCCUUACACAACACAGUAUAUGCCAAACGGAUAUUCAGGCAAGGCUUCCCAGCUGGCUGCACAGUGGAAAAAUCCCAUAGCAGAGCUCUGAGUAGCACAUUAGCCAUCAAGGCUAUAUAAAGGUCCUAUAUUUAUCCUUUCAUUUGUGGAAUGAAUUACAGUCAUUCCAUGGAGCUGGCAUUGAGCAAUACUUAAUGUGUCAGCCAAGAAGGAAAUGGUUAGGGCAGCACCAAGCAGGUGGAGUUAGAAAUAGUGGGAACUGGACAGGGCCAGCGGCUUGGAUGAGAUGCUUGGGUGCAAGCUCACAACCAAAGAGCUCAUCCUGGUUCUGCUGAAGGAAAGAGGAAGAACAAGUUAAGUUGACUUGCUCUUUCCAAGGGCCGGUGACCUUGCCCAAGUUGACGGGAAUCUUUUCAUUGACUUCAGUUGCAUCUGUCAGGUCCUAAGACUUCUGAGCUUAAGCCUGUUGCUUGGAACCACUUUGUCCUAUUGUCCUCAGGCAAACCUCUGGAUGAGGAGCACAUGCUUUGAAGUUACCCAAGGCUGUUGGCUCUUUAUGAAAAUCCCAAGCUAUGAGCAUAAGCUAAUGGGUGUUGGGAGGAAAGCAGCAGCUGCGAAAUGAAAGGAAGUGCAACAGCUUCACCAAGCAGUUUUCAUCAUGAAAAUUAACCCAAAUGCUUUGUUUGAUGCUAAUUUUUUUUUGUCAAACAUGAGACGAUGCUUACCUCUCUGCAAAGGUUGCUGUCUGUGACUUAACGUGGUUGAAUAUAAUUUAUAGCUUUACUUAGUUUAAAAGUCUAAGAGCACUCAAUGCGACUAAUAUGUAUAUUAUAUUUGAUUUUUUUUUAUUGUAAUUUAGUUAAGACAUAAUUGACUUGGAUUGUGUAACAAGUGAUUUUAAGGUUCUGGUUGAAGGAACAGCUAUGAACCACUACAUGUUAAGAGUAAAGUGUACAUGUUGUACCUGUAUUACACUGCAGAGAGAGUCUGGCAGUGACUAUUGUGUCUCAAGGUUUGCUGCUAUUUGCAAUGCAUAGUCUUAGCAUUUGCUUUGUUAACAAAUACUUUCAAAGGCAUAUUCUAUUAGUUGCAGCUGAUGAAAACACUAUAGUAAGCUAUUCAUGUGUAACUCAGCGUACUGCUUCCAGGGUCCAUUUCAAAUGCUUUUUAAUCCAACCAACAUAGCAAGCGAGUCUCAGGUUUUUCUAUAACCCUACCCGUGAAACUUGAAGCCUCUUUGCUCUGACCCCUGUCCCGUUUGGGUAAGCUCAAUCUGAGAAACUGGAAGAUAUAUCUGGUAGAACUCUGUGCCUCAAUAAAUGGCCCGUCUAGCUUGCUGAGACCAGGGACAGGUUGCUGUCUUCUGCCAUAAGAUAGGUUUUCCCAGCAAAAUGUGGAAAUGGCUGCAGACACUGGUUCAGAAUGCAAACUCGUAAAAAACUCAAAAUUUACUGUGUGCAGACUGACAUGCACAUAAGUGAGCACACAAGUAUGGUAGUAUUUGGAUGUCCAAUUCAUUGCAAGUGCCCCUUCAUAGUCACUGUAGACAAUGGGAUGCUGGCAGUGGAGACUGGAUUUAAUUUUGUUCUUUUUAAAAAAAUUUAGAUGAGUUUCUGCCACUGUAAUUAUUGCUUGAAGAUCUGUAAGGACCAUACGUCCCUGUUUGUGCAGUUGCCAGGUCAUUGUUAAAAAUGUGUAUUAGAAUUUGUCAUUGCAACGAAAGCUUCCUUUUCUUUCCUUUUUUUUAAAUGGCAGUGCAACUCUCAAUGGACAUUUCAUGUGUCAGUAAGAACCGUUAACAUUAAACGUUUUGGUAACUGC